AUGCCAGAUUCAGGGACAAAGAUUAGAGUAGGAAGUGCUCCAAAAAAUCCAUUGCAUCCUGCUAGCGCAAAGAGCAGCUCGCAUGGCGCCUCCAGCGAAGGCCAAAACCCAAAGUACCAGCCGAUAAAAAACAAACAGCACAGCACGUCCUUCAAAAAAGACGAAGAGUCGCGGCCGUUCCAUCUCUCAGAAAAGUCAGACGCCGAGAAAAAGCAGCAGAUACACGAAGAGUUUGCAAAUGCAAAAAUCAUGAAAAAACCCAUGUCUGCUGUCAUGGGCCUCGUUGUAAGAAGGUGGUUUGAAAUAUUUAUUGACCUCUUUAUUUUCAUAAUGAUACUUGUCCCUGAGACCUACGAGUUUAUGGAGAUACUCUACGAGCGGUAUAUCUACCACGGAGAAAAAACAAAACCGUACACCAGCCACACAGCUGCGGAGACCUUCGAUCUCUGGUGCCCCAUUCUCGAAGGAAUUGUGUGCUGUUUUCACACAACUGUCUUUGUGUGCGAGUCUUUCCUAGGCAUAGAAAUACCGCACGGCCUUCUCAUUGCCAUUCUUUCAUCACACAUCACAUGCAUACUAAUCAUCUGCCACAUCGAGUUUAUAGACAGAAAAAGAAGCAAACAGACACACAAAGCCAUUACAUAUUCGAUAGAGGUUGGUGUGCUUAUUCUGUCCACCCUUGUAACUCUCGUCUAUUUCCAGACGCACGAAAAGUACCAGUCUCUUGUCUUGAUAACAACGGUUCUUACGCAGUAUCUGUGCAGAACACUCACCAGGCUCGUGGAUAACUCGCACAACAAAUUCAGAAAGACCUUCAACUCAGCAGAGGUGCGCGUAGUCCUGUUCUUCAGCAUUGUCUUACUUCUCCUUCUUUCUGAGCUGCUUUAUAUAUACUUUACUUAA